AUCUUGUGUAGAAGAAUCUGGAUUCUAGGAAUUGCUAUUGCAACCAGUUUAUAUACCAUAAGUUCUCAUUUCGGAGUCUCCAAACCUAAAAAGCUUGUAUGGCUGCAACGAUAGGAACUUCUAUGGCUGCGCUCAGCCACAGAUGCUUCACCUUCAAGUCCUCCAAAAACAUGAUCACUUACAAACCAACCAUGAAAAUUGUUUCCUUUUCCUCCAUCAAAUAUCAACCGAAAAGCUUCACAUCCUUCAAGUCUCCUAUCAACUCCAAGCAUUCUACUUCCAUCAUCACCGCCGUUGUUUCCACCUUGAUUUCCUGUGAUUCUGCGUUUGCUGCAGUAGUGGCUGCGGAGACUGGAGAAGGUGACAAGCGUGUCCUCGCACUCCUAAUUCCGAUUGUUGCUGCUAUACUUUGGGUGCUUUACAACAUCCUUGGGCCAGCUUUGAACCAAAUUGACAGAAUGAGAAGUGAAAAUUUACCAAGCAAAAGAAGAGGCCAGCGUACCAACACUUACACGCAAAAGCAAUUUGAUGAGGUCUGAAGUGAAUGAUUUGAGUUUGCGUUUUCAUGGAGUGAUUGGUGGUGUAUGCAUAGGGUAAUCUCAGUCCAUGUGCAGUAUUACUGAUUGUGGUGGUAUCUCAUAUUGGGCAUCUAAUAUAUAUAUAUAUAUAUAUAUAUAUAUAUAUAUAUAUAUAUAUAUAUGUGCAGUAUUA